GAGAGAGAGCGAGAAACACCUGAUGAGUUCUCUAGCUGACUUCACAAUGACACCAACUCCCAAAUGAGACUGAUCACUAACAGUAAUCUGAGCUCAGAAACCAACCGGGAACCCUGGACCGAACUCCAUAAAACUUUUUUUUUUUUUUUUUUACAUUUCACCCAUAUUUGCUUUGUUUACACUCUAACACUUUCUUACUCCCUUUCCCCUCAUUAACUAAAGGCUUUUUUUUUUGUCUAUAUUGCCUGACUUCUUUCAUAGUUAAAGCAAGUAUGGUGUUUGAAGUAUUAGAGCUGCCAUAUAAUGUGUGCAUACAAAUUGUAAAUAAUAAUAAUAAUAAUACAAAAGUUUUUUUUUUUUUUUUUUUUUUUCAUUUUUAACAAAAAGCCUGAAAUAUAGCUUCAAGAAAUGACUAAAUAUCUAAAGCUCAUGUAGUCAUCCUACUAAUGUGGGAUUUGAAUCCAGGGUAGCCAUGCUACCAGUCUAUUAUGGCUUAACACAAUUAUUAUUAGCCUAAAUUUAGGAUGCAAACUAUUUGGAUGAAAAGGAAACUGGGUGAUGUAGAAGGGCUCUGGAUGAUAAUGAGAGUUUGUAGAAAACCUAAAAAAAAAUUCCUUCUCUGAAGCAACUAGUAACACAACUGUUGGGGGCCAGGUAGCCUAUUGUAUGCUUAAAAAUCAAAAUACCUGUUUAUUCUGUUGUUAUAAAGGAAUAAACAGAAUAAACAAAUAAACGUUGUUACUUGAGAGUAAGUUUUUGUUUUGUUUUAUUUUCAAUGGCAACAGCCAAUUUAGAUUUUACACUAAAAUCCCAAUUGGUUAAUUGGAUUUAUUGACACUACACUUUUAACUAGUGCUGUAGAUGGCACUGGGGAUAUUGCUCUAUUUGCACACGCCUUAAUUGUUUUCUUUUGCUGUCCACUUUCAUGGUAUCCACUAGACAUAACAUACCACCAACAACCGACCCACAGGGACCAUUACAGUUUCCAUUAAAAUCAAUACAAUUCCCAUUAUAACCAUUAAAACUAUCACAAAUUCUCGGAGGGUUUCUGUCGGGUUUUUGUUUUCAGCAGGGGUGUGUGUGUGUGUGUGAGUGUGUGUGUGUGGUCCUGGAUGAACUCCAACCGCGAGUGUGUCCAACACAACACAAAAUCCUGUCAGGACAGUCACCGCUCACGAGCGCACUCUUUAAACCCAAGAGCUUACGCACGGUGGAUGCUUUUAUUUGCUUUUAUUUGCGAAUAAUGCUAGCUCAUUUUUCACCUCUUCUAUGAAAGAGUCACCAUAAAGGUUUUUAUAUCUGUCCCAAAUUAAUAUCAUCUCUCGCUCCAUUUGCGUGAUGGCAAAGUGCGUCGAAGUUGCGAGAAGGCUGAAGAGAGUCGACCUACAUUAUGGUCGCAAUUAUCUUUAUAGACCCAGGGGACAAGGUGCCGCUGACAGAAGGAAUUAGUGAAGGAGUAAAACGAUUAAAACGCUCGACCCCUGUCUCCAGACAGGUUCGCUUAUUACCGCGAUAGAGGACACGAAGAACAGAGGAGGCUUUCUGAGGAGAGAAAUGCAGAUAACGACUGGGAAAAUUAGGACAGUUUUUCGUUGCAUCAUUGGCAGGAGGCAAGAUGUUUGUGGAGUUUUGUCAGCAGAAGUGGGUCUCGGCACUCCUGCUACUCUACUGUUUGCACUUAUCAGCAUCCGAUUUCCUAUGGCCAUGUCCUCAAAAGUGUAUUUGUAGGCAGGACACACUAGAGGUCAACUGCUCUUCAAAGCACUUAACAGUUGUUCCAGAAGGAUUGCACAUCAGUGCCAAGCGGCUGAACCUUUCUGGCAACCGCUUGAAGACACUGAGUCGGCGACAGUUCUAUGGAUUAUCCCAACUAGAGGAGCUGGACCUUAGUGAGAACAUUAUAUCUAUGAUUGAAGUGGAAGCAUUUCAGGGUCUGAAAAACCUACGAAUUCUAAAAAUUAAAAACAACCGGCUUAAGAUCAUCCCAGUUGGUGUCUUCUCCGGUUUGCCGAACAUUCUCAGCCUGGACAUUAGCAAGAAUGAGAUACUUGUGUUUCUAGACUACACAUUUCAGGAGAUGGUGAACCUACGGGAAAUUAAUGCAGGGGAAAAUGACCUGGUGUUUAUCUCACAGAAGGCCUUUGUUGGUCUGCAGAACUUACAGGAGCUGAACGUGGACCGCAGUAACCUUACGUCUAUCCCAAGUGAAGCAUUUUCACAGCUCCAAAGCCUGACCAAAUUGCGCCUACGGAGACUUAACAUUAAUGUAUUGCCCAAUAAUGCCUUUCGUCGGCUGCCCCAGCUGCAUACACUGCAGAUACUUCAGUGGCCCUCACUAGAGACUUUAAACAGCAACAGCCUUAUGAGUCUAAACCUCAGCACCUUGGUUAUCAGUAACUGCAAUCUGAGUGCCAUACCAUAUGCCUCAUUGCGCCAUUUAACACACUUGAUCUACCUAGAUCUGUCCUAUAACCCUAUUACAUCUAUAGAAGGCAAUAUGCUAGGGGAAUUGCUCAGACUUCAGGAAUUCCACUUGGUAGGUGGAAAACUGCUCCGCAUUGAGCCAGGUGCCUUUAGGUGUCUGGUUCACUUUCGGCUGCUCAAUGUAUCCGCAAACCGACUUACAACCCUAGAAGAGAGUGCCUUCCAUGCAGUCGGGAACCUACAGACCUUGCGACUAGACAGGAACCCACUAACUUGUGACUGUCGGUUACUGUGGGUGGUGCGACGCCGUUUGAGGAUAAACUUUGAUGGUCGCCAGCCUACAUGUUCUGCACCUGAACGUGGUCGCAAGCGGGAGUUUCGUGACUUUUCUGAGGCAGAGCUCACAAAAGUGUUCAUCUGCAGUCAGGCAUGUAUCCUGGAACGUAAGCUGCAAGAAGCAAAGGUGGAGGAGGGAACAAAUGUGCAGUUUGAUUGCAAAGCAGAUGGGUAUCCCCCACCCUCUAUAACUUGGUUAUCACCCCAGCAGACUCCAGUGAGCUCUAUGGGGAGAAUACGAGUACAUGCAAAUGGAACUCUGGAAGUGCGUUAUGCCCAAGUGCAGGACACUGGAACUUACCUAUGUAUUGCAGCUAAUGCUGCAGGGAAUGAUAGUAUCACUGCCAAUCUUCAUGUGAGGAACUCCCCUCGAAAGUAUACAAUUCCCAGUUUCUUUGAUGAGAGUUGGUUUGAAAGCUCAUUUCCUCCUUCCACCAACUCUUCAGCACAAGUGUCAAGCCCUUACCCCUUUGAUGCAAAGACCCUUGUCAUUGCUACUACUAUGGGGUUCCUUUCUUUCCUAAGCUCUGUGGUCAUCUGUUUUGUGUUCAUGUUCCUCUGGAGCCAAAGUAAGGGCCAGAUUAAGCACACAGCCACCAUUGACUUUGUGCCACGUACAUCUAUGGGAGGAGGUGGAGAUGGUGCAGACACAGGGAGGUUUACAAUGAAGCUUAUAUGAAGUCCUCUAAGGACAGAGUUUGAGGGUAGCUAAUGUAUGAUAAAAUAACCAGAAUUGUGGAUUCUGUGAACUGUACUGAAAUACUGGGGGAUAGUUUGGUUAUAUCGC